UUGUUGGCUGGCUGAUAGCUUCAGGCAAUGUACUGAUGGAGGUAGAGAAUGUCCUGUCCUUGUUGGCUGAUUGCUUCAGGUAAACCUACUGAUGGAGGUAGAGAAUGUCCUGUCCUGGUUGGCUGAUUGCUUCAGGUAAACCUACUGAUGGAGGUAGAGAAUGUCCUGUCCUGGCUGGCUGAUAGCUUCAGGCAAUGUACUGAUGGAGGUAGAAAGUGUCCUGUCCUGGUUGGCUGAUAGCUUCAGGUAAUAUACUGAUGGAGGUAGAGAAUGUCCUGUCCUUGUUGGCUGAUUGCUUCAGGUAAACCUACUGAUGGAGGUAGAGAAUGUCCUGUCCUUGUUGGCUGAUUGCUUCAGGUAAACCUACUUAUGGAGGUAGAGAAUGUCCUGUCCUUGUUGGCUGAUUGCUUCAGGUAAACCUACUGAUGGAGGUAGAGAAUGUCCUGUCCUGGCUGGCUGAUAGCUUCAGGCAAUGUACUGAUGGAGGUAGAAAGUGUCCUGUCCUUGUUGGCUGAUUGCUUCAGGUAAACCUACUGAUGGAGGUAGAGAAUGUCCUGUCCUGGCUGGCUGAUAGCUUCAGGCAAUGUACUGAUGGAGGUAGAGAAUGUCCUGUCCUGGUUGGCUGAUAGCUUCAGGCAAUGUACUGAUGGAGGUAGAGAAUGUCCUGUCCUGGUUGGCUGAUUGCUUCAGGUAAACCUACUGAUGGAGGUAGAGAAUGUCCUGUCCUUGUUGGCUGAUUGCUUCAGGUAAACCUACUGAUGGAGGUAGAGAAUGUCCUGUCCUGGCUGGCUGAUAGCUUCAGGCAAUGUACUGAUGGAGGUAGAGAAUGUCCUGUCCUUGUUGGCUGAUUGCUUCAGGUAAACCUACUGAUGGAGGUAGAGAAUGUCCUGUCCUGGCUGGCUGAUAGCUUCAGGCAAUGUACUGAUGGAGGUAGAGAAUGUCCUGUCCUGGCUGGCUGAUAGCUUCAGGCAAUGUACUGAUGGAGGUAGAGAAUGUCCUGUCCUGGUUGGCUGAUAGCUUCAGGCAAUGUACUGAUGGAGGUAGAGAAUGUCCUGUCCUGGUUGGCUGAUAGCUUCAGGCAAUGUCCUGAUGGAGGUAGAGAAUGUUCUGUCCUGGUUGGCUGAUAGCUUCAGGUCUCACAUAGCAGCAGAAGUGAGGGGCACCAAUGUUCCAGUGCCACGAUCUGACCUUGUCAAGAUGGUCGAAACAGCAGAGUCCGCCAGAAUCAAACUGUUCAAAAAUAUCCAGAAUUCUUCCCAGGAACACUUGUCAAAGCCGCUUCUGUUGAUGAACGACUUCCUCCAUCCAGGGCUACAGGAGGACCACACACUGCUGGAUGUUGUGUCAGGCAAAUUGGAGCACCUCAAUCUCAAACGAGUGUCUCAGCUGGAGGCCAAAUUGAGCAGCCUGUACAAGGAACUGGUCCGGAUGCAUCAUCUAAUCUCGGAUGACAAAUGGACAAGUGAGAGGCUGUGUUCAAGUCACAUGACCUCUGCAGUAAAGGAACGACUCAAUACGCAAGUGCUCCGAUCUUGUGCAAUGAUGAAAGAUUGUGCUGAUGACCUCUUGACCCUGUCGCUGCUUGUCCCCAGUGCACCCUGGCCAGUUCUGAAGCGACCAGUCUUGAAGGAGGUCAGCGCUGACGAGUUCCUGUCCUGUCUCCCAUCUCUGCCUCGUGGCAAGGCACAGGCUGUGCAUCGUCUUGUCAACACGCUGCUCAGAGUGUGCAACUACCGGCACCACAUCCAGGACAGAGAGGUGAAAGCUUUGAGAGAGGAAGUGAAGUUCCAUCAAUCUGUGUAUGAUCUUCAGUUAGAGUACACCCAUUCUCUCCUGGAUGCUGUUAGAGAAGGAUAUCGAGAAUUUGAGACAUCUGCAAGUGAAGUUAUAGUGAAACCACUCACAGCUGUGCUGGAAGCGUACGCCUUGCUAAAGACCACAACAGAUGAAGAUGCUCUGAGAACCUUCCUGUCUCUUUUCAAGGAGAAUGAGGAACUGUUUUCAGAUGCAGUAGGGAAACUGUCUUUGGACACCAAGAGCAGCAGAGAUGAAAAAAAUGCUUCCCUUACAGCCUUUGGGGAAGAUUUCAUGACUAUGUUGGACCAGCAUGUCCUGACUCAACAGAGGAAGCGAGAGAGAGGUGUUCGGGAGAGGCAAGACUUGAAGGUAGAACAGGAGAAGCUAGAUGAGGAACUCCGCACACUGCUCAAGGACAUUGAAUAUGAGAAAGAAAAUGUGAAAGAUAUCAGCCAUACAAACAACUCCAAUUGCCAAACAAGGACAGGUGAUGAAAGUGUUAGAGCUUCACCAAAACCUAGCUCAAAUAUUGGAUUACGAAAAAGUAAAUCAGACUUGAAUAUUGAGAAACAUGACUCUUCUCCAGAGAAAGACGACUCUUUUGAAAAUGAGAAGACAGAAGCUGUGGACGAGAGGGAGGGAAUGUCAAGCAGAACCCCCCAGAGUAGGCUGGGCAAGGGGGCCAGGAAACCUCCCCUCAAGCACAACACUGAUUCCACACCAUCACCCCACAGACCCUCCUACAAACCUCAACUGUAUGUGCCAAAUAGAACUCUCAAACUCCGCAGGUCAGGCAGCUUAACUCGAAUUUCUAACGAUACAUCGAGUCCUCAUGCCAGGCCUGCAGAGGUUGCAGGGAGGGGGGAACAAGAAGGGGAGGACACUCGUGUCUGUAGGGACGAGGGUCAGGACAGGCGCCACUCGGAUCUCCCAAAACUCUCACGCUUACCACAGCGGAAAGCUCCAUUCAAGUGACCCCAUGUUCUGUGGUGCCACGAGAGCUGCAUGUUUUAUGGUUGUGAUAUAAGAGGAGGCUCCCACUUGCCUUUUACCAGUAAGACAGCUACAUGAACAAUUAAACGGAGAUGACUUUUUAUAAUCAGGGAUUGCAGGUGUAACUCCAUGUGCCUCUCCUACAGGAAUCAAGGCAGAGAACCCAAGAUGUCCAUGAUCCUUUUAUAACUGGCCAUUGGCCACAUUGUAUUAAGAGGGCAUAAGUCAACUACUUGUCAGUAAGAGUGGAUGAAUUCUUUCACGCAUUCCAGUAUUUUUGAAGGCGAUAGAAUAUUUCUUGUGUAAAUGCAACAACAGAUGGCAAUACCGAUACACAGUUUAUGUGCAAGUGUUAGUUUGAUUGCUCAAUUGUUUAUUUACUGCCAACACCAAUAAAAUACAACGAAUUCAA